AUUCCUUCUUCCACGUAGCUGCGCCACAAUCUCUGGGUGCACGUAAAGCCAAAACAGAGCAUACAUAUUUGCUGUAAAGCUACUUUCUUGCUGAAUAUUUUUAGCAUGGCCAGAUAUUUGAGACCUCCAAAUACAUCGCUUUUCAUCAGAAAUAUUUCUGAUGAGUCCAGGUGAGUACACAUUUGAACAAAUCCCCCCAGUCGAGUCAACUAAAGAAUUCGACGCCACAAGCUAGCUAACAUUAGCCCAAUGCUAGUCGGCUAGCCACGCGCUUCGGCCUGUCCAAAUAUUCUUGUGGCUUGACCUUAGCGAGUUAGCUAGACCAGAGAUGGCUAGACUAAAGACUUAGUCCAUAAAAAUUAAAAGAAAACUACUAUCAUUAGAUCCGAUUGAUAUAAUUACAAACGUAUGUUUCAAUCUGGCAAUACUUCGAAUGAGUUAGUUGCCCUGCCUAACGAGCUAACGUUAGCUUGCUGUAACUUCCGGUCCACACUUGAGUGAAAAAACUCCGCUUUUGCUUUAAGGAAAUUCUAAUAUAAUGGCUAAAACAUAGGACUGUUAGAGGGGGAAAUGUUAUUUUCUAUCUAGUAGUUAAAAGUCAGGUAUUUUAUUUGCAAGAACAACUCUACAUACAUAAGAGUACCUACACAUAGUAACACAGUUGCCCAAAGGCAUGCAGAUGGCGGUACUGAGUCGUCUAAUCUUACCGUCCAAAUGGGAAUGUAACGUUAUGCAGUCAGCUAUACACUCAUAUCCCCCGUUGACCGGUUUGUACAUUAAACAUUCUCAAUUCAGGCUGCAAAGGCGUCGAUAUCCUCCUUAAAUCGAUUUAAUGGCGAGAAGGCUGAAAAUAUGCAUACUUUUAUGAAAGGCCAUUUUCCACCACCAUGCCACAUUGCUAAUGAUAGUCCCGGAUGUCCCCGCGUUCUGCCAAUCAGGUUGCAGCAGUCUGUUUUUCCACCACUGGUAUGAUAGUUUCAAAAUAAGUUGUUUCCACAAAUCUUUUCAUAUAAUAUCAUAUACCAUAUCACCCAGUCAUCGUCAUCAUCACACUAUCACAAUUUCCUCACCAAGACCAGUAUACUAUAUGUAGUCUCCUGAGUGGCGCAGUGGUCUAAGGCACUGCAUCGCAGUCCUAGCUGUGCCACUAGAGAUCCUGGUUCGAAUCCAGGCUCUGUCGCAGCCGGCCGCGACCGGGAGACUCAUGGGCAGCGCACAAUUGGCCUAGCGUUGUCCAGGGUAGGGGAGGGAAUGGCCGGCAGGUUGAUAUAACUCAGUUGAUAGAGCAUGGCGUUUGCAACGCCAGGGUUGUGGGUUCAUUUCCCACGGGGGACCAGUAUGAAAAAAAAAAAUAUAUAUGUAUUCACUAACUGUAAGUCGCUCUGGAUAAGAGCGUCUGCUAAAUGACUAAAAUGUAUACUGGCUCCUCAAAUGGUGCACAGUCCAGCUUAUUGUCAAUGUUCACAUAUUUGAAAGGAUUUAUUUGAUUAACAAAUGUAUGACAAUCUUAUCUGAUUAUGUAUCAGGAAAUAGAAGGCACACUAAAAUCAAUCACAUUUUAUUUUGUAGAGCCCUUUUUACAUCAGAAAUGGUCAGUGUUUUACAGAUAUCCAGCCUAAAACCCAUAAUAAAUAGAGGGUGCAAACACUCUCUCACUAUGCCUGAGGAAACACCACAACCAGGUGGUUUGGGGACAUGCACAACCAGGAAUCAUCAGGCCAGGGCACGCCAGGUAGUCCGCAGAAUGGGAUAGACAGAACAACCAGGUGGUUUGGUGACAUGCACAACCAGGAAUCAUCAGGCCAGGGUUUCCUCAGGCAUAGAGAGAGAGAAAUAGGGUUAUUAAUGGCAGCGUUCAGAUAUAAUUUGUUUUAUUGAUGUUCAUUAUUUAUUGACUUAAUUACACUUUUCAGAUUACACAGGUUUAUGAACAUAUCAUUUAAUAAACCUGUAAACAAAACAAUCAUUACAUUAAUUAAUUUGCGGUAAAAAUCUAUGUAUUAUACUCUACAUUUCGUUUAAACAUAAUUUAACUUCGUAAAUGUUUAAUCUUUCUUAUUAAAACUGUGAAUAUUGUUCUGUAAACAAGUUCAUGCUAGCAAAUCCAAUACGUCAUUAAAGACUGCUUGUUCAGUAAGGACAACUUUUAUUUUGAAACUAUCAGACCAGGGGAGAAAAUAGACUUGAUGCACUGGUGCAUCAAUUUAAGUAACAUAAUAAAAAAACAGCCCCAUAAAAAUCAGUCAAUUUAAGCUAGAUGUGUUUUUUUUUGCACGGGCUGCAUCUCAAUCUGCCUAUGGUGGCCUUCCGCAUCUGCGGUGGUAGCUUGUCGAGCUACAGCGACGUUUGUCAGACCAUGAGACAUCCCGGGAAAUUGGUCUUCUCGCAAAAAACGUCUGAAUGGUUUGGCUCUACGACCUCCACAGGUGUCACAGGUCUGAAGCCGGUACAGUUUGUGUGUCAACGUCUGAUGGCAGCGUCUGAACCGUUGGGGCUACAAACUAAUGUGACCCCACUGUGGAAAGGGGAGAUUCUCACGAUCCGUUUUGCUCUACGACCCCCCACAAGUGUCACGGGACUCGUCUGAAGGUAACCAGUACUGGUUUUUAAAAUGCAUGGAAGUAUGGAGGUAGUGUUGUGCCAACCCAAAAAAGGGGUUAAAUAUGGGAAGAAAAAAAUAUAUUUCCUGAUCUUUCUUAUAUCUCCUAGAUACAGCAAAGACACUUUAAAACCGUAUGUUACAUUUUUUGACUUUUUUUUGUUUGCCAUUUAUGAAUGUGUUUUUCAAUGUGUAUCUAUGGGCUAUAGUAGUAAAGGCCAAAUUCAUUAUUGUAUCCCCCCCCAAAAAUAUUUUUUUUAUACCUAAAGGGGUUUUAAAAUUCAAAAUCAAAUAGCUAAAAUGAUCCAUGGUAUGACCUUAAAACAGCCCCCCCCCCCCCCCCCCCCCCCCCCCCCAACAAAAAAAACCCAACAACAACAAUUCCCCCUCCCCAACGGCUUAGGCUCUUAAGACUUAAAUAGGAAAUUGAUGCCUUUGCAGCCUUAAUUGAGAAUGUUUUAUGUAUGAACCGGUCCAUGGGGGAUACGAGUGUAUAGCCGGCUGCAUACAUUCCCUUUGGACGGUAAAAUGAAACUACUCAAUAUCGCCAUCUGCUGGCCUUUGGGCUACUAAAACAGGUGAUUUUGCAAUUAACCAUUCUUGGAACUAAAGAUACAUUUCAGAGUGUGCAUGAACUUCAAAAAGUUUCAGUUGUGUCCGUUUUUAAUGCAAAGAAGUGGUAUCUUCAUAUUGCCCAACAGAAGCCACUGGUCUCAGCGUUCUGUCCGUGGCUCCCUUGGUGGUGCCACUUUUUAUUCUGGUACUUUAGGCUUUUCCUCCUGGUCAGUUGAAGUGAAAUUUGUAUCCUUUACGGUGUUCAGGCCUGAGGAUUUGCGCCGUGAGUUUGGUCGUUAUGGGCCAGUAGUAGAUGUCUACAUCCCACUUGACUUCUAUUCACGCCGACCCAGAGGAUUUGCAUAUAUUCAAUAUCCUUUCCCUUCUACUGUGAGAGUUGUGAAAUCUGUGUUUCUCAAUGCUGUUUUUUUUUUUUUUUUUUUUUGAAUGUUGUGUAAAUUUAACAUGCUUUCUCUCCAGACAGUGUCUUCAGCAUUUGAGUUUUGGAUGUAUAAUUGAUUGCUGUGACUGUUUUCUGUAUUGUACACACGCUGAAGUGCUUUUUUUAAUAUCUAACUUACAUUUCUCUGUUGCCCCAGAAAAUGUAAAGGCAUCCAGUUGUUGUGGAAUGUCCGGUGUAGAGUAGGAUCUAAAACAAGCAGCAGAAGACCGCCAGGAUGACAAGAAACAGAGAGAGGGAAAGGUUGAAAGAGAAAGAGAAUUUAAAGCUUGAAGAGACAAAGAGGAAAAAGAGGGACUGAGUCGAGGCUUGGAUAUGUCAUCAAAGAAAAGAGGCAAAGAAAAGAGGUUUAAAGGGCAAAGAGAAGCAGGAAACCAAGUUCUUCUGGGAGGCGGUUAAAGAGCUUAAAGAUCAAGAUGUAAGUCAAAGUCGAGCAUGUUUAAGGUAACAAACCUGAAUUCUUUUGUAUCCUCCCCAAAAGAUGAAUCGACAAAUAUUACAGGAAAAGCAAUCAAUACUUAGCCAAUAUGUGAAAAUUUGAUUCUUAAUUGAACUAAGAAAUUAUUUAUUGUACUCAUCAAUAUAUUUUCAUUCGAUAAUAUUUGAAACUGUAGCAGUAUUGAUUACUUGGUAAAAGCCAUAAAAUUAGCGACACAUUAUUGAAACAUGUUUGCCUGAUCUUUAAUCUUCAGAAGAACCCAACAUGCACUUAACAAUUGUGUUCCAGAACCUACGUUUAGCUUUAUACUUUCAGCCAAUAUGGCUUCCACUUUGAUUCAGUGUCAGAAGAUGCAUUGUAUUAAAACAGUUGUGCUGAAAAGAAUGUAACCACAUAAGACCGCAAGGUAAGAACCUUAACAGCUCAGCAAGUUUGAAGAUGUGCGCGACGCAGAAGAUGCUCUUCACAACCUGGACAGGAAGUGGGUGUGUGGCCGACAGAUUGAAAUCCAGUUCGCGCAGGGCGAUCGAAAGAGUAAGGCAGUUCCCCAAUUUAUUGUGUUUCCUGAAGUAAAACUAUGUACCAUACCGAGCACAAUUUACUGAUGUUACUUUCAGCUGUUCAAAGUUCAAAUACAUGUAUUUUCUAUCUCACGUGGUGCAACUGUGCAAUACUUUCAAGGAGAGCUAAAGCACUAUGUACUGUAUAUUUGCUAGUUGGGUUUUUCUCUCCACCCAGAACCUUUUUUGAUUAUUAUAUAUAUAUAUAUAUAUUAUUUUACAUCACAGCACCUAAUCAGAUGCAAGGGAAGGAGGGGGGAUCUUCGCGCAGCUCUUCGCGCCAUGAUGAUCGGGAUUAUGAUCGGGACAGCCGUCGUAGGCGCUCUCGCAGCCGUAGCUACCAAAGACGCAGGUCACGCAGCCCAUCCUACGAGCGCCGGCCCAGACGCUCUGAGAGUCCCCGAGAGUAAGGGCCUUCAGUGUUCUCAAACUAGCAUGCUUCAAAUAACUCCAUUUUGGGGGGAGGGGGGCUUAUAGAAAAUGUCAGUUCGGUUGAGUACGUUCUGCUUGACAAUGUUGUUUUGUUACCCAGCUCCCGUGGAAGGAUGUACGGAGGGAGAGGAAGGAGCAGGAGCCCGGAAAACGACAGGUGAGUCCUUCACAGCCGAACCACUGACAAUGAUUGCAUCCCAAAUGGCACCCCUAUUCCCUAUAUAGUCCACUACUUUUGACCAAAGCCCAGUGCACUAUAUAAGGAAUAUGGAUAUCCAUUUGGGACGCACACAAAGCCAAGUUCUGGGCACUUUCAAUGAACUUACCAAUCAUUAGUUUGCUUUGGUCUUCUGGCACUUUUGCGGUCUUAAUCAGUGUAAGUGUGAUUCUAAUAAUACAAUGGUUUGUUCUUCACACAGGCACAGACCCCCUCCACGCGACCACAGACAACCCCCUUCCAGAUCCAGGGCCCAGAGGGAGGCCAGAGGAAAGUCUCGUUCCCACUCGAAGUCCCUGAGCCCACGAGAUGGCGACUUCCACCCAGCCCCCGGUGGCUAUGAGCCUCAGGACGAGGCGUCGUCCCGUAUGCGUUCCCUGUCCCGCUCACGUUCCCAUUCCCUCUCACGGUCCCGCUCUCGCUCCAGGUCCUGGACUGGACGCAAGUCAGGGGGACAUUAAAAAAACAUGUUUGUUUAAUCUUUUUGACCGUAGUUAUCUUGCUGGAUAAUUGAAUGUUCAUGGAACAGUCAAUGGUUGGUUUGUUUGUGAAAAUGAUCUUCCUUAGU